AUGAGAGAAGAUAGAGAAAGGAGGUCGUUCCUAACGAAAGGCACCGCAAAGUUUCUAGAACAGGAGGAAUUUUUCCCUGCAUGUGAAAAUGUGGAAUUGAAGUACAUCAGAGCGGCCGGUCAGGGUACCGAUGUUGAGCGUGGCAAUCCUGACGAUCUUGUGUUUGUCCUUUACGGAGGACUUCCUAGCAUGUGUGUCCAUUACGGUGGACGUCCUAGCAUGACCCAUUACGGAAGGCGGGUGAUCAGAAGGCUGACUCCGAAAGAAAGAGGAGCCGAGAGAUCGACAGUGGGUGGAAGAAGGAAAGCACCCGAAGAGAAAAAUCAAGAGGUCAACAAGAUGGAGGUCGAAGGAGUGGGAGACAAGAACCAAGUGCCCGUUGGAGCAUGUACCAUAGAUCGAAGGAAUCAAAGGGGAGAAGGGGAGCAUGAAUGGGAUAUCAGCCUCCGAAUUCUACGUGAGGCCAAGCGGAAAGCCAGCGAGCGAAGAACACGAUUCAACUCAAGUAAAGACCUGAUUGAAGAUCUUCACGCACAACUCAAGAGAGUACUGGAUUUGAAGGCCAAAACGACGGCAUGGCGUAUACCGACCGAAGACUGCAACGGCGCUAGAGGGUUAUCUAGUGGUGACCAGACAAUCGGUAAAGCGCUACAACACGCACAAAGAGGGUCCGGAGCGGCGCAGAUGGAAGCACGAGCUCUAAGUGCACUGGAGCAAACGGCGACCUGA